UGUACUAUGUUACAUUAUCAUCAAGUAUGAAAAUUGGUACCAGUGAAUUCUUUGAUCAUGUGCAGAAUUUGUUUAAAAGUUGCGCUCGCGAUGGAUCAGAGAUUUUCCCGGGAUUCGUCGCCGGUAUCUUCCUCACCGUCCACGUAGGUGAUCUCGAGGAUCAACGCAGGGGAGGAAAACACUUUCCCAACGUGUCUGUCGAUGACGUUCAGCGGCGACAUUUGAGAAAGACAUCUGCCACCCUAUGUAGCUGUACCAUCUGCACGCAGGGUACCGUUGUUCUUGUUGGUGCUUCCGGUUGCCAAGCACCCUUCCAGGGGUGUAUCGCACCCGUAACGGUCUCACGCGUCAACAAAAUUCCAUCAUUACUUGUACUAAAAACCUAAAGGGAUUUAGAAAAAUGAUAUUUCUCUAUAUUUGUAUUACGUAGAGAUGA